ACCUGGUGCAUUUCCUCCACCUUGACCCUCAGGUACACGGACUUGGUCGACAAUUUACUAAAAGUGAAACCUUUGGGGCAGAAGUGUUUAAUGUUUCCUGGAGAAGAGAACACUAAUUUAUUCGGUGGAUGCACUGUGUUUACUACCUUGGAGCCACUAAGCCAUGUCUGCCGGCAGCACUGGUAGUCUGAGAGACUCAGGGCCUGGCAGCUACAGGCGUGCACUCAGCCAGAGCAGCAGCCAGAGGUUUUCCUAUGAGGAGCGCUGUGUUGACCCAGUGGAAGACCGACUCCCGACCCCUGAGCCAAAGACAGUCCACAAAGCUCAACUGAAAGAUGCUAAUGGAAAGGAGUCUGAGACCAUUGGCUUCAUUCCUGGCUCAGCUGACCCCGCCUCUGCGGCACAAACCUGCAAUCCCUGCGCUUCUCCAAGGAGCUGUAGCACCUUUGUGUGCUCCGUGCUCACUUGCGGCCUGUAUAGGGUCUGCCAACGUUCCACCCUCGCUCCGUGCCUGGCACCAAACGAGAGCUCCCCUGACAGAGCAGAGAAGGUGAGCCUCCGAGCUUUGAACCCAGGAGACAACAAAGAACAGGAUGCAGUCGACUGGCUGGGGGACGUCCGCAUCGCUGGAGUCAAAGUUGACAGUCCAAUAGAGUUUUUGGAUGUUGAAACCACAUCUCCAUCUCAGACAGGUGGUCCAGCACAGCCCAGCCACACGUCCUUGCAUGAGUCUAUGAGGUUUGAUGACUGGGAGGAUGGCGAGGAGAACGUGGACUCUCUUAUUACUAAAAAGCUGCUGGAGCUCUACUCUGAAUAUCAGAUCGAAGAGUUGGCCAGGUGCACGUCAGACUCUGUGUUUCUGAAGAAGAGCAAGGCCAUCAACCAGCUCAUCAACUCACUGGCAGAGGAGCACAAAAUGGAUGAGCAGGAGGCGGAGUGCCGGCUGGUGCGCGGCAUCAUCCGCAUCAGCACUCGGAAGAGCGCGAAGAGGAGGCCGCUCAUCUCCCGCAGGGAGAGGACGUGGUCGGACAGCGGGAACGAGACAAUGAGGGAGAGCGAUGGCUUUUCAUUCAGCAACAACAAUGACUACAAAUCAAAUCCAAACAUCCAAAUAUCAGAGUUGACCUCCUCUGACAAGUGUGCCAGAGAGAUGUGGCGGCACAAUGGAGGUCAUACUUCUAGUUCUCCAACAGCCUACUCUCCGUCUCACACAGAACCUAAUUCUUCAGGUGUCCCACUAAUUCGCACCUCUCUGAGAACAUGAUUCCUGCUCCACACUGGCGAUCUAUGCUUGAAUUACUUGCCAUGCUGCGUCCACAAGGUCACUUAUGGGACAUUGAAAGGCGACGCUACUUGCACAGGAGUAUCUGGCGGAGCCAAGCUCUGUGUAGAGACUAUGGCUUUGCUGUGAAGAAAGAAAAUUCACAUUGUCUGAAGGACUUCAGUGAACUCAGGGCACUGUGUGUAGAUAUUUGUGGUUAAUAAAUAUUAUGUGUAUAUUUGAAGGAUUGUUUGAUUGAGAGUGUGCCCUACAGACAGAUAUCACCAGCAGCUAUUGUAUUAAUUUGCUGUUCAGAUUAUCCUGCUGUUGUUAUUCAUAAGACAUUUGAAUUUAGUUUUGUAAAAAAAAAAAUAUAGUUGUAUUUUUUUGGGCACAUUUCAUCACCAUAGAUUUGAUUUUCAACAAAUUUGUGUGAUUUUAAAAAAAACAAAAAAAAACAACUGAAUGUAUCAAUGCUUUCAAAUCUGUGGUUAUGUCUCACACAUUUACAGUCAAUGAUUCUAGAUGAAUGAUCAGAGAUGUUCUGAUAGUUUCCAUAGUUUGAUGUAUUUGAUAUUAAUGUAACAGGCAUAGCAUUGCCUAGAAGUGCUGCUGUGGCUCAGGGGGUCGUCCUCUGAUCACAGGGUUGGCGGUUCGAUCUACAUGCCCACAUGUUGAAGUGUCCUGAGGCAACACACUGAACCCCAAAUUGCUCCCAAUGGUUGGUUAGCAUCCUGCAUGCUGCCAUCGUAGCGUGUGUGAAUGUGUGAGUGACAGACAAAAUUGUUAAGCGUUAUAAAUGCAACCAUUUACCAUUUAAAAGUGGCAAUACUGUAAUUGUAAGUAAUUGAUUUAAUUAAUAAUUAUGAUUAAUUCUGUAAUUAUAAUAUUGGGGUGAGUGUUUUCUGUGUGCCUAGUGGUAUACUAGAAAUAAGAAUGUAUAUUGUUUUUUUAACGUAAUAGUUUGACCUUUUGGGAAAUAUGCUCAUUUGCUUUCUUGUUGAGAAUGACACACCACAGCCAGUUAGUUAGCUUAGUUUAGCAUAAAGAUUGGAACCAGCCAGCCUGGUUCUGUCCGAAGGUCACAAAAUCUGCCUAGCAACACCUCUAAAGCUCACUAAUUAACACGUUAUGUUUGGUUUCUUUAUUCCGCAGAGAAACAAAGUGUGAAAUAGACAAGUUGUGGUUUUAAAGGGGGUUAUGCGUCGAGCCAUAAUUUUUGUUGGGUGUAUUUCAGAGCCAGGCAACAUGGUUUCCACUGUUUCCAGUCUUUAUACUAAGCUGACUGGCUUUUGGCAGUAGCUUUACAUUUUCCAUACAGAUAUGAGAGUGAUAUUCUUUAGGCAAGAAAGUAAGUAAAUAACAUUUGUUUGUCCCCCUAUGGAAAGACAAGUUGAAAGCUUUGGAAAAUGAAUGUAAAAAUGCUUUUUUCUGUUGUUACUUCUGAUGUUCAUACAAUGUGGAGUGUGUGCACAUUAUUAUUAGUGUUAGAACUUGAAUCUCAUAUAAAGCAGUUAGCUCUUAUGCUUUUAAAUUAACCAGGAGUGGGAUGCAUCCUGGAUACUGUUUGUGGCCGUCCUGUCUGUAACUCAAGUCUCAAAUUGAAAUAUGCGUCAAGUACUUUAACUAUAACUUACUAGUGAAAUUAUUCUGAGCCGACUCUUUAAGUGAAUGUCUGUUUUUUUUCACCAACGUGCUUGAUGUGUUUGAUCCUGGGUGCUGAUGGGAAUUUGGCCAGCUGACUCAGUGAAAUUUAUUCAGCCCUGUGUCCUUAUCAGCAUUAGCUUAUGAUUACUGUUGGUCAUGGAUCCUAUUGUAGUGCAGUUAAUACACAUGGAUAGCUAAUACACACAUCCUUAUGGUUUAUCUGUCCAGGUUACACUUGUCUCCCCGGAUCUGUGCUCUUGUAUUUGGUGGUUAUAAUGAAAUGGUGUGAACAUGGUUGCGCUGUGUUCUACCAGGAAGCAGAAAAUACAACUGCACUAUUUAAGAAGUGAUGAAUGUGUAACUGAAACUAUCCUAACAUACUUCUUAUUUCACUGAAUGGGGUGAAUUGUCUGCUAAAGCAUAGCAUUUUGCUUUCAUUUUCUUGGAAGGUUUCCUAAAUUCCAAAGUCUAAUGCUUGGAUCUUUCACCAACGUAUGGUAGGCUACUUUAUAUUUCCAGCUAAGAUGUAUUGAAGGGUUCUUAAAUUGACAGUGCACAAUCUUUUAACUGAUGUCCCAUUGUAAAAACAAUAAAGUGAAUGAAGUGAAACAAA